AUGUCGAUGAAACGAAGCUCGCCGAUAAUUCGCAGCGAAAUAAAAAUAAAAAAAAUCUCAUUUCAAAGUUCGACGUCGACAACAAAGAUGCGAAGCUUAACCCUCGGGCUUCUCCUGGCCUCGAGGGCCCUAUCCAGCCCUCACUCGACAAGCCUCUCUGAAGUACCCACCGCAACAAUACAACCCAAAGGAAGCGGCAAUUCCAAGACGAUAUUCGUCGGCCGCACACUUCAUGAAUUUGACCAGGACGUUUUCCUCGGAAUCAAAUAUGCCGAUGAUCCGAUUCGUUUCACGCCGUCGGAGCUGAAGACCAAAUAUGCUUCGAACGAUAGUAAUUCGGGUCCCUUAGAGUCUUCUGGUACUGCGCUGUCCUCUACGAAGUCGGUGCUUUACAAUGCCACGGAAUAUGGCUAUGACUGCCCUGGCUAUGGAUCUGAUACGACUAAUUUGGUCAAAAUGGGUCUCAUUGAGCUCAAUGAGGAUUGUUUGAAUUUGAAUAUUAUUCGACCUAAAGUGCAGCGCGGAGUUGAUUCACAGGAAUUGCUUCCUGUUAUGCUGUGGAUAUUCGGUGGUGGUUGGAGCCAAGGGGCGACGGCUGAUCCUCGAUACAACAUGAGCUACAUUGUUCAGCAAGGGGCAUUGAAUGACAAGCCGGUCUUGGGUGUUUCUAUCAAUUAUCGACUGUCAGUUUUUGGAUUUUUGGAUUCAGAGGAAGUCAGGGCCGAGGGAAAUACAAACCUGGCGCUACGUGAUCAGCGUGUUGCUAUGCGCUGGGUGAAGCAGAACAUCAAAGCGUUCGGAGGAGACCCAGAUAAAAUCACCAUCUGGGGCGAGUCAGCAGGGGCCUAUAGCGUCGGAGCUCACCUCGUGACGAACAAUGGCAAUAAUGAAGGCCUCUUUAGAGCUGCAAUCAUGGAGUCUGGAAACGCAGUCGGACCACCGUAUAAUGGCACCGAAUGGCAUCAGCCGAUGUAUGAUCGCAUCGUUGAUCGAGCCGGAUGCACAAAUUCAUCAAGCACGCUCAAGUGUCUUCGUGGCCUUCCCUACGAGACAAUCUAUAGCGCAGCAUACGAAGGACUCGAGUGGUUCGCGACAAUUGACGACAAUUUCAUCACUCAGUAUCCCCAGAUCAGCUAUAAAGAAGGUAAAAUCGCCAAGGUACCCAUUCUGCUCGGCACGAAUACAGACGAGGGUACGAGUUUCGGGACAACAGGGACAAAUACCGACGAAGAGUGCAUCGCGCAGCUAAUAUCCUCAAAGCGCUGGGUUCUAACCAGGACCCAAGCCACGGAACUCCUCUCCCAUUACCCCAACAUAGCAGCACUGGGCUGUCCAUACGGCUGGGGAAACGUCACCUGGCCAAGUCUGGGACUUCAGUAUAAGCGGUACGAAUCUAUGGCCGGAGAUAUUGCAAUGGUAGCACCGCGCCGAAUGCUGGCAAGUACCAUGGCACAGUCGGUGGAAAAUGUGUAUUCAUACCGCUGGGAUGAAGCAGCGCUGAACACGUCUACAACUAUUGGGGUUCAACAUUUUGCAGAGAUACCGUUUGUUUUCGCCAACCCCGUGCAAAAUAUAACGUCCCUGGGAUCUGACCCUGCUCGCUUGGAGCUGGGCCAGAUGGCUGGUCGGAUGUGGACUUCUUUUGUUACGGAUUUGGAUCCAAAUGGCCAUGGAGUUGCGCAAAUUCCAAAAUGGCCGAGCUAUUCGUCAAGAUUCGCCAAUUUCGUUUUUCGGCUGCCGCGGAAUGAGAGUUAUGUCGAAGCGGACUAUUAUCGUGCAGCUGGGAUUGAUUUUAUCAAUACUAUUGUUCGAUAG